AAUAUAAGUAAAUGUACUUUUAUAUUAGAUGGUUGAUAGUACUAACAAAAAUUAUUAUUGGAUCGUGAAUAACUGUAAAAACAAUAAUUAAUUAUGUACUCUAUUUUUAUGGGCAGAUGGGAUCGAAUAUGAAGCCGACCAUCUUCAACGAAAGAGUAGCAACAGCAUUGAGGAAGUGGCAUCACAUGGCCAAGAAACACAUCAAAGAGAACAGAGGGUCGGUGACCCCAAUGUCGAGCAGGCCCACCACCCCAUCACAUCAUCACAUGUCCCCAGUCCACCUUCUUAGACACUACCGGGGUGAAAUGGACAGCCUCCAAGUAUCUCCGAGAAGGACGAAUUUCGAGGUAGAUCAUUCGGAAACUGAUUCCCCGUCUUCCUCACGCCCAAAUUAUGGUGAAGGUUCGUCCUCCCAUCGCCACAAUAGAAUGGAAAGUGGUAAUGUAGAACGUGAGAGGGGUGCAAAUGAGCCGAGCUCGAGUAACGAACAAGGUGCGGCCGAGCAACACGAGAUUGAUAUGCGAUCUCUGGAAUUUUCGUUUGAUAAAAGACAGAGCAAAUGAUUGGUUAUGGGUGGGACAACUUUACUUUGCAUCCCCGGUUAACUACUUUAAUUUCUUCUUUUUUGAGAAGAGGUAGGGGGGUUAUGUUAUUUGGACAAAUUUAAGGUUCUUUUAUAUCAUUUGUUAUGUGAAUAACUGCCCCAAUAGAAAAAACCCUUGUGGUCCAAGCGGUCACUUAACCAUUGGUUAAAAGAUAUUUUACUUUGAGUGUGGGUUCAAUCCUCAUCCCUUCUUAUAUUAUCUCGCUGUGACUGUAACUGCUGCUGCCAAAAAAAGUAGUUUAUGGAUU